UGAAGAACAGCAUGAGAUACCUGUACUCCCUCUGAAAAUUUCAGGGAUAUCUUUUCCAUAAAAUCUUCAUCUGGUUUCUUCUGAAGAGCUUUGCAGAAGACACAUCAGGUACAGUUCUGACUUGCCAGUCUGGACACAGGACAGGUUUCUAAGUGACUACCAGCAAGGAGAAGCACACAAGAAUCGCCAUCCUUAUCCGGCAUUUCAGAGGAAAUGGUUGAGCCUGUAGGUAACCAUUAUGUUGUAGCCAGACCUGUAUACUCGGAGAAGUUAUUUGAUGAAGAGCAUGAGAAACUGCACAGAUACCAUAAAACCUUUCGGGAUCACCUAAAACUGUAUUUUCGCUGUUCCCCAGACAGGGUCAAAAAAACUGCCUUGGGUUUGUUUCCAGUUGCCUCCUGGCUGCCAGUGUAUCGCUUCAAGGAGUGGAUCCUGAGCGACAUCGUCUCUGGCAUCAACACGGGGCUUGUGGCCGUCCUGCAAGGUCUCGCAUUUGCUCUGCUGGUAAAUGUUCCCCCUGGUUAUGGACUCUAUGCAGGUUUCUUCCCGCUAUUAGUCUAUUUUAUCUUUGGCACAUCCAGGCAUAUCUCAGUGGGUCCCUUCCCUGUCCUGAGCCUGAUGGUGGGAGGCGCCGUUGUGAGACUGAUCCCGGAUGACUUUACUGUAAAUGGCACUUUGGCAAAUACUUCCACAAUAAAUGAAGAGAGGGUGAUCGUAGCUGCGUCUGUAACCUUCCUGGCUGGGAUUUUGCAGUUGCUUAUGGGAAUUCUACAGUUUGGAUUCAUAGUUAUUUAUUUAUCACAGUCAUUAAUCAGUGGUUUCACAACUGCUGCAGCUGUCCAUGUUGUGGUAUCUCAGUUGAAAUUCAUGUUUCAACUAACUGUCCCUGGAUUUAAUACACCAUUGGGCAUCAUCUAUACUCUGGAAAGUGUUUUUAGCCAAAUCACAGAAACGAACGUUGCUGACCUGGUCACAUCGCUCAUUGUCUUGCUUAUCGUGUUUGUGGUGAAAGAAAUGAACGAUCGAUACAAAGAGAAGCUGCCAACACCCAUCCCCAUCGAGUUCCUCUUGACAGUCUUAGCAGCGCUGAUAUCCUAUUUUGCUAAAUUUGAAGAAAAAUUUAAUGUAGCUAUCGUUGGAAAACUAGAAGAAGGAUUUCAAGGCCCUGCUGCACCUGAUAUGAGUGUCUUCCAAAGGUGUAUAGGUGAUGGCAUUUCCAUUGCAAUUGUUGGGUUUGCUGUAGGCUUCUCCGUGGCCAAAGUGUAUUCCAUCAAACACGACUACCCACUAGAUGGCAACCAGGAACUAAUUGCUUAUGGGCUGAGUAAUAUAGUUGGAGGAUCAUUCAAAGGAUUUGCCUCCAGUACAGCACUGUCAAGAUCAGGUGUGCAGGAGAGCACGGGAGGCAAAAGCCAGAUUGCUGGUAUUAUCUCAGCUGUCAUCAUCCUGAUUGUGAUCGUGGCCAUUGGGUUUCUCCUGGAGCCAUUACAAAAGUCAGUCCUUGCAUCUUUGGCUCUUGGCAACUUAAAGGGAAUGCUCAUGCAGUUCAAGGAAAUAGGCAUCUUAUGGAGAAAAGACAAGUAUGACUGUGCCAUAUGGGUGGUGACGUUCCUGGCCACCCUCUUACUCGGCCUGGACAUUGGGCUGGCGGUCGCCGUGGCCUUCCAGCUGCUGACCGUGGUCAUCCGCUCCCAGAUUCCAAGCUGCACCGUUCUGGCUAAUGUCGGAAGAAGUGACAUCUACAAAAACAGGAAGGAUUACACUGAUAUCUAUGAGCCAGAGGGAGUGAAGAUUUUCAGAUGUGCAGCUCCUAUUUUCUUUGCUAACGCUGAAUUCUUCAGAGAGAAACUCAUCACUGCUGUCGGCUUCAACCCGUUGAGAGUCUUGAGGAAACGCAAUAAAGCUCUGAGGAAAAUCAGAAAGAUGCUGAAGAAAGGAGAGCUGCAGGUGACAUCUAAAGGCUUGAUUUGCCUGGCUAAUUAUACGCAUGAGUCUGAUGAAGAACUAGACAACAACAGGCUAGAGGAACUGGACCAGCCCACCGACCUGACAGACUUGCCUGUUUGGAUAGACUGGAGCACUGACCUCCCUCCCACCAUCUCUGUGCCCAGAGUGGACAUCCACAGCAUCGUUCUGGAUUUCUCAGCAGUGUCCUUCCUUGAUGUUUCUGCCAUGAGGGUCCUCCUAAAGACGUUGAAAGAAUUUGUCCGGAUCAACGUAGAUGUUUACAUCGUGGGGGCCCAUGAGGGCUUCCUGGACAAACUGGAGAGAAGCGCAUUUUUUGAUGAGGAGAUUAGGCCAUCUAUAUUUUUUCUCACCAUUCAUGACGCAGUUUUACACAUUUUGCUGAAGAAGGACAUAGCCAGCUCACCAAAAUUAAAGCCCACUGAGGAGAAGGGUAGCAACAACCACUGCAUUAUCAGUACCAGCGGAGGAUUACGCAGCCGGGAGCACACGAUUCCAACAGAAACAAAAUUGUAGAUUGAAUAUUCCAAAAUUUAUAUAAUCCAGCAACACAUUGUCACUCAACAGAAGGUGAAUACAGAUGCAGUAAUGCAUGAAGCUUGAUGGAUACUUUCAUACACCUUAUGAAGGAUUUACUAUAUAAGAUUAUGUUCCAAGUUUUGGAAUGGGCUUGUUAGUAUUUGUGUGUGUAUGCAUAUAUAGAGAGAUGUAUUCAUAUACAUACAUGGAGGCUAAAAUGACAUGGAUCUUCUUAUUUCAUACUUUGCUGACCACCUACUCACACAGUUGAAAAAGCAAGUAGUGUUAACCCUAUUCACAUGUGCUUGUACAUAGAUCUAUAUUAUUCUGACAGUCUGUAGACAACCUGUACAGUUACUAGAGAAUAUAUAAAUAUUUUAAAUUUUUUAAUUUAUAUCAUAUAGUCUAAUAGUUGGGAGUGAUAUUUUAUCUUCAACUUGUGUAUAAUUUGUAUAGUUUUCUUUAAUGUUUGUAAGAUACCUAGUAGACCAUUAGCCUCAUCAGCUCACUACCGUGAGCACAGUGUGUGUAGUGACUUAACGUCUACUGUAGAACCUGAAGAUAGUUCAGUAAAGAUUUACAGCAUUUUCAGAUCCAAACAUGAUUCUUUUAUUUGGUCUGGGUUGAUAUAAAAUGCAUAUGACAGGAUGUAGGACACAAAUAUAUUUAUACUGAAAUAUUAAAUAAUGAUUUUAGUAA